AUGUCUUUGUGAAAGACCGCGUGCCUACCGGCCCCUCGGCCCUCCGCCCCGCCGUCAUCCACCCAGGAAAUGACGCCUAGCUUUACUUCAAACUUCCAGAGGCGGGCGCUGCCCGCUUUUCCUUCCCUGUCUCUGCUCCUCCCGAAAGCAGGAGAAAGGAGAAAAAAAUACUAAACUUUUAACGAGCGUUUCUUCGCCCGGUCGCGGCGGAAAUAGCCGGCGUGCUAAGCGGGCUAGCUGCGGCGCCGCGUCCGCACCGAAUGCUGCUCCGUGUCCCGCAUCGUCCCCGCAACAGAAUGAGUCUCCUGGAAAUAAGUGAGAAUGUUAAACUUGCCCGUGAAUAUGCCUUGCUUGGCAACUAUAGCUCUGCUAUGGUCUGCUACCAGGGAGUACUUGAGCAGAUAAGGAAGUACCUGUUCUCUGUCCGGGACACAAGUUUGCAACAAAAAUGGCAGCAGAUUUGGCAGGAAAUCGGUGAAGAAAACAGGCACGUCCGAGAGAUCAUGAGGACGCUGGAGAGCUUUCAGCUGGACACCACCCCUUCCAAACCAAGCAGCCAGGAUGAAGACAUUUGGCCAGUACAGGUGGAACGCAGGUCGUCACCCUGUCCAGCGAGGCGGCCGCCAGUGCCCUACAGGGAGGGUAAACCGCUGAACAAUCGGCUGAGCGUGGCGGCUCGGGGCCCCCACCGGCAGUCACCGCGGGGGGCCAACGGGGAACGCGCCAAGCCCCAGAAGAGCAAAGACAAGAAGGAGGUCGUGGGCAAGACGAAGGAAGACCGGAGCAAGGCCGACGUCUCCGAGACCGAGGCCAAGAAGUUUGAUGGGACCGGAUACGACAAAGACCUGGUGGAAGCCUUGGAACGGGACAUUAUAUCGCAGAACCCCAACGUGAAGUGGGACGACAUAGCCGACCUGGAGGAAGCGAAGAAGCUGCUGAAGGAGGCCGUCGUUCUGCCCAUGUGGAUGCCUGAGUUCUUCAAGGGGAUUCGGCGACCCUGGAAGGGAGUACUUAUGGUUGGCCCGCCAGGCACGGGAAAGACACUGCUGGCCAAAGCCGUUGCAACGGAAUGCAGAACCACCUUCUUCAAUGUGUCCUCAUCCACCCUCACCUCAAAGUACAGAGGGGAGUCUGAAAAACUGGUCAGGCUGCUCUUUGAAAUGGCCCGGUUCUAUGCUCCCACCACCAUUUUCAUCGACGAGAUAGACUCCAUGUGCAGCCGCAGGGGGACGUCUGAGGAACACGAAGCCAGCAGGAGGGUGAAGGCCGAGCUGCUCAUCCAGAUGGACGGGGUUGGUGGGGCAUCGGAGAACGAGGACCCUUCUAAGAUGGUAAUGGUUCUGGCAGCGACCAACUUCCCCUGGGACAUAGACGAAGCCCUGAGGAGGCGUCUGGAGAAAAGGAUCUAUAUCCCGCUGCCCUCAGCCAAGGGCAGAGUAGAGCUGCUGAGAAUCAACCUGAAGGAGCUGGAACUGGCAAGCGAUGUGGAUUUGGCGAAGAUCGGCGAGAAGAUGGAGGGCUACUCCGGUGCAGACAUCACUAACGUCUGCAGGGACGCCUCUCUCAUGGCCAUGCGGCGCCGCAUCGAGGGCCUUACACCAGAGGAGAUACGCAACAUUUCCCGGGACGAGAUGCACAUGCCCACCACCAUGGAGGACUUCGAGUCCGCCCUGAAGAAGGUGUCCAAAUCGGUGUCCGCCUCCGACCUGGAGAAGUACGAGAGGUGGAUUGCCGAGUUUGGCUCCUGUUGAGGGAGAGCUGGGGCGUGGGGGCUGGAUUCUCCCAUCCCUCCCCCCCCCUCCUCAAGGACCAAAGAAAAAUGGCCGGAGGGACCAGUGGACACCAGUUAAAAUGUGGACAUUCUGGUAGUUGGAUAGAUUUGUUUUUAUUUUCCCGAUAGUACUUUGAUAAUACGUUCAGUGAGCUUGGCCCUGCUUAUCAUUUUAGAUGGUAUCUCAGACUACUUGUACGAAACACAAGCUCCUUGAUUGAACUCUACCGCAGGUUUGAAGCCGUUUGAGGCGGCACAGAGUGAUCGGGGUGCUCCUCAACACUCUGUGUUGAGGAGCACUUCUGCCUUCUCAUGUGUCGGAGGGUUUUGUGCUGUGCUGUGCUUUCUAACCCUUGACUAUACUAUCCCUAUUACCAAAGUGCCCACUUUGUCGUAUAUCAGGGUUUUACUUUAUGCAGAGUGAUGCCUUUCAAGGAUUCCUACUAUCAGAUGGAUUUUUUUAUAUAUAUACCUGAUUUUUAUAGAUGACCAGAUGGGCCUGUCCAUGAAUCACUACAUAGUUCAGAUGCCACAGGUGGGUGUCCAACAGGGAAUCAUCAUAGCAUGACAUCUUUUAUGUUUAAUAAAGCUAUUUAAAAGUAAA